UUCCAGGCGAAAUCGUAACGGCGACACUUUCGUGCCAUAAAGGCCCCCAAGUAUCGGUCGAGAUCAUCUCAAGGAGAAGUCAUGGCGACUGUGGAUCCGAUCGCUCUCGAUCUCGUCGAUUUCCUCAACGCUUCGCCCACCAACUUCCACGCCGUCGAUGAGGCGAAGAAGCGUUUGAAGCAAGCUGGGUUCGUGCAUCUGUCGGAGAGAGAGGAUUGGGUGUUGGAACCGGGGGGGAAGUAUUUCUUCACGAGGAACCAUUCCACUGUCGUCACCUUUGCCAUCGGAAAGAAAUAUGUUGCCGGGAAUGGAUUUCACAUCAUUGGAGCACAUACUGACAGCCCAUGCCUCAAAGUGAAGCCUGUCUCCAAGGUAACAAAAGGAGGAUAUCUUGAAGUUGGUGUCCAGACAUAUGGUGGAGGACUUUGGCAUACGUGGUUUGAUCGUGACUUAACCCUUGCUGGAAGAGUGAUAAAGAAAGAAGUGAAGGAUGAUUCAGUAUCCUACUCACACUGCCUUGUCAGGAUUGAGGAGCCCAUCCUUCGGAUUCCUACCCUGGCUAUUCACCUAGAUAGGAGUGUUACAGAAGCCUUCAAGUUCAACACACAUAGUCACCUCAUACCUGUGUUAGCAACAUCAGUGAAGAAUCUCAUCUCUCUCAAAACCAAAGCGGCGAAUCCAGUGGACAAGGCUCCCACCAAUAGAGGGUCAAUGUGCACACCCUUACUGAGGCUAUUUCAAAGUGACACUACAAUUCUGGUUAUCUUCCAAACAAAAGUGAACCUGAGGGGUGAGAUUCAGAAGCUUGUAGAUCAAAAUGGUCCCUGUAAGUCAAAUGCACAAGCAAAUGUUGAUAACAAAAUACAUCAUCCAGUGCUACUGCAGCUUAUUGCUGACCAGGCUCAUUGCCAUCCAGAUGAAAUUUGUGACUUUGAGCUGCAAAUCUGCGAUACUCAACCAAGUGUCAUAGGUGGUGCAAUGAAGGAAUUUAUCUUCUCGGGAAGGGUUGAUAACCUUUGCAUGUCAUUUUGUGCACUAAAGGCAUUAAUAGACUCCAUCUCUGUUGGAAGUUUGCUUGAUGAAGAAUCUGGUGUCAGGAUGGUGGCAUUAUUUGAUCAUGAGGAGGUUGGAUCAAAUUCAGCUCAGGGAGCUGGAUCUCCUGUCAUGUUGGAUGCUCUGUCAAGGAUAACAAAGUCUUUUGAUUCUUCAGAUCCCAGGUUUCUUGAGAAGGCAAUCCAAAGGAGUUUUCUUGUUUCAGCAGACAUGGCACAUGCUUUACAUCCUAAUUUUAUGGACAAGCACGAGGAAAAUCAUCAACCGAAACUACAUGGUGGUCUUGUUAUUAAACACAAUGCCAAUCAGCGUUAUGCCACCAAUGCUGUUACUGCAUUCAUAUUCCGAGAAAUUGCAGAAAUGCAUAACUUACCCUUUCAGGAUUUUGUGGUUCGGAAUGACAUGCCAUGUGGUUCAACCAUUGGUCCCAUACUUGCAAGCGGUGUCGGAAUUCGGACUGUCGAUGUUGGUGCGCCUCAGUUGUCGAUGCAUAGCAUUAGAGAAAUGUGUGCUGUUGACGAUGCCAAACACUCUUACGAGCAUUUCAAGGCAUAUUUCAACGAGUUCACGAAACUUGAGAAGAAAUUAGUCGUCGACCUUUAAUCAAUUGCCUUCAAAUGAAAUGGAUGAUGGUAGGUUUCAUGAUUAUAUUUUACUCUAAACUAACUUAUGUCGUGGCAUGAUAUUAUUGUGAGGAUCAACACAUUAGGGUUUGUAGCAAAAACAAAAAAUGUUAUAUUCUUAUUUAUGUAUAGAAACCAUCUUAACAACAAUUUCCUCA